GGCCAUGAACAGGCUGUUGCAGACAGACGACCCUGCGAGCUUGUGUGAGGGGCUGAGUGCUCGCAGCGACACCUCUCAGCAGCUCCAGACCUCCAUCCACAUCGCAGAGAUGGUUUGCAAAAACGUCCCCAAAGAACAGGCUGCAGACUUCAUGAAUGCCAUCCAGGAGCCCUUCCGGCGUGCCAGAGGAAGCCGCGUGCGUGCUGCAGGCAACUGGAUGCUCACCUUUCUGGAAACAUGGGGAAAGGACAUUGGUCCAGAUGUGCGAGGAAUCCUCUCCACCCUGCACACCUGCACAGAGUCCAUGCGGAAGCCCUCGUUCAUGUACUUCGUGCACCAUGUGGUGCUGAUCCUGGCCCGCCAUCACGAGAGGCUCACGAUGAACGUCAUCCUCGAGCAGUUUGUGCCUAUGGACAGAAACACACUGGAGCUGUGGAGGACUCUGGGGAGAGACAGCAUUGGCAUCAGUGUGCUGAAGCGCUUAGCGAGGAAGCUGAGGAGAGUGGGAGACGACAGCUCCCAGCCCAGCUCGCCCAGUGGCAGGCUGCACGCCCACCAGCCUUCUGCGGAGUCCUUGACUUGGCCCACUAUUAUAAGCUGGACCAUUGUCAGUCUUGAUAGUGCUAGGUACCCCUAA